UGUUAUCAAUUUUGAUAACGAUAUACUUAGGCCGAGAAUAUAAUUUCAGCAUUUUAACUGUGUAAUUUAUCUUGUUGUAAGUUGCUCCUCUAUCUACUUGUAGUAUUGUAGAAUACCAGAUAAAAAUACUCAAUUAAAACCUAUAAUAAUUAUUUGGAAUGAAGCCAAUCAUUAUUGUACACGGUGGAGCCGGGGAUAUUCCCCAAAAUCGGGUGCAAGGUAAAUUAGACGGGAUGGGAGUAGCUGUGACUAUCGGCCACGAAGUUUUGGAAAGGGGUGGCAGCGCUCUUGAGGCCGUAGAGGCUGCCGUUGUUUCUAUGGAGUUGGACGAGAACUUCAAUGCAGGUUACGGUUCUGUUUUAAACCUUCGUGGUGAGGUGGAGAUGGAAGCUAGCAUAAUGUGCGGUAAAAACUUGGAUGUUGGUGCUGUUACUCUGAUUAAAGAUUUUUUGCACCCAAUAAGCAUUGCGCAUAAAGUUUUGACUGAUUCCCCUCACAGUUUACUCGGUGCUGAAGGGGCUAAAUUGUUCGCUCUCGAGAAGGGAUUUGAAACAGUGCCACCCGAGUCUCUUAUAUCGGAAAACGCUAAAGCUGCUCUACAUAAAAUAUUAAAAGACGGUGACUAUACCAGGACAGAAAUUGGAGUCGCAGACGAGGGCGGCGUAGGAACAGUCGGAGCUGUAGCGAUAGACGCUGAAGGUCACAUAGCUGUAGCAACCAGCACCGGAGGCAUGAGUGGAAAAGCUGUUGGCCGAAUUGGUGACACGCCACAAAUCGGCAGUGGAACUUACGCCGACGACAACGUAGGCGGCGUAUCAACCACAGGACAUGGAGAGACAAUCCUUAAAUUUUGUCUCGCUCAUAGCAUUAUAAACAAAAUGAGGGACGGAACUCAUGCUGAUGUAGCAACGCGGAAUGCUGUAAACGAAAUGACCGGUCGUUUAAAGAAUACUGCUGGCGCAAUUACUUUGUCCAAGAAUGGAGAUGUUGGAGUCCACUUUUCAUCAAAUCGAAUGUCAUGGGCAUAUAUUAAAGAUGGUUCAAUAUUUUAUGGCAUUGAACCUGGACAAGUGCUUGUACACAAAUAUUCUCCAGAUUGCAAAUAAAUGUAUAAUUAUUAUAUCUUCAUAUUACAUACACUAAGACAAUACUCAAAAAUAUUUUUGAAAAACAUCAUUAUUUUCUAUUACAACCUUACCGACACAAUGUAAUGUAAAUAUGCAUAACGG